CCAGAUCCUGCCAAGGCGAAGCCGGCGCUCCCCCCCUCCCGCACGAGCGGCUGCUUUGGGAAAGAGGAGGGGUGGGAGGGGGGAGAAAGGGGGCUGAGCGUCUGGGUCGAUCACGCCCCCCCUCCUCGGCCGGCCCUUCCCCGCUGCCCAGCGUCCGUCAGGCUGCUGAAGGGAAAAGCGGGGGAACGGACGGCGCGGGCAAAGAGAAGGCGCUCCGAUCGCGGGGAACCCCUUACUCUCCUCUGUCCCUUUCUCUGGAGUCGCCAGCGAGAAAGAAAGAAGGAGGAAAAGAAAAAAGAAAGGAGAGGAGACGGGACUUUCCAGUGAAUGGACUCGCCGAAGGAGCGAACAUGGCCAGUGUCUCCUCCUUUGGCAAGUACACCCACGCCAUCGUCCGCUGCAUUCCUUCUUCCUUUGCCACAGCGGAGACCACAGCGGAUGGAUCUGACAGCGGGGCUGAUCCGGUGGAUCUAGCCAAGGCUCACCGACAGUACGGGGUCUAUACUGGCAUACUGCGGCAGAAGCUAGGGCUGCAAGUCAUUGAACUGGCGGCAGACGAAGGCUUCCCCUAUGCCACACUGGUGGGGGAUCUGGCAGUCAUCCAGGGAGAUACUGUGCUCCUCACUCGGCCAUGGAUGCCCACGCGGCGAGACGAGAUCAGCUGUGUCAAAAAGGUCUUGGAGGAGCUAAAACUCCGUGUCGUGGAAGUUACAGAUGAGGGAGCCACCCUGGAUGGAAGCGAUGUGCUCUUUACAGGUAGAGAGUUCUUCGUGGGUAUUUCCAAAUGGACCAAUCAUAGAGGAGCAGAGAUGGUAGCUGAUGCUUUUAGAGAUUUUGCUGUGUCUACCGUUCCUGUCUCAGGCACGUUGCAUCUCCGCAGUUUCUGCAGCAUGGCGGGACCUGACACCGUUGUCAUUGGCAGCAGUGAAGUGGCCAAGAAAGCCAUGAAGACCAUGGAGCAAUUAACUGAUCACCACUACGAAACGCUGACAGUUCCUGAUGACCCAGCUGCUAAUUGUAUCUACGCUCGUCUGGGCCAGAAGAGUAGCGUCCUUUUGCAUCGCAGCACAGAAGAAUAUCCGAACAGUGUGCAACCUUUUCAGAAGCUUCCAGAUUACACCCUGAUCCCUGCGGCGUGCACAGAAGUAGCCAAACUUGGUGGGACUCUCUCUUCCUGUUCUCUUCUCAUCAAUAAGAAGCUGGAGAUCUAGUGCCUAUAGAUCCACACAAAAAUACAGAUUCCCCCCCAGUUCCUGGAGCCCUUUCCUUGUUUUCUUUGUGUAGAGCAAUGUAGCUCUUUCCCCACCGUCCCUCCACUUCCUUACGAAGCAGAGUGCCACCCUAAUUCCCACGCCUGCUAAUUAGGUCAGAUUUAAAUUUGGUAUCUGUUUCUCUUUUAAUUUACAUUGGACCUUCUCUUCCCCACCAAGUCUUACCUCUCUUUACUUUUCUCUUUAUCUUUUCUUAUGUUACCCAUAAAGGAUGUGGUGGCUCAGUGGCUAAGACGCUGAGCUUGUCGAUCGAAAGGUCGGCAGUUCACCGGUUCGAAUCCCUAGUGCCACGUAACGGGGUGAGCUCCCGUUACUUGUCCCAGCUUCUGCCAACCUAGCAGUUCGAAAGCACGUUAAAAAAAAGGCAAGUAGAAAAAUAGGGACCACCUUUGGUGGGAAGGUAACAGCAUUCCGUGCGCCUUUGGCGUUUAGUCAUGCCGGCCACAUGACCACGGAGAGGUCUUCGGACAGCGCUGGCUCUCUUCGGCUUUGAAACGGAGAUUAGCACCGUCCCCUAGAGUUGGGAACCAUUAGCACAUAUGUGCGAGGGGAACCUUUACCUUUACCUUUAUGUUACCCUUUAGAAAGAUUUUUUACUCCGGCAUAGAUAGGGGUUUAUAUCUCUUGCUCCCAAAACUUAAUAAAAGCCACAUCAAGGAAGCUUGGCCUUUCAGCAAUUCGUCAGUAACUCCUAUUUUAUAAUAAGGUUCUCAAAUGGUCAACCCCACUUGGAGGAUUUAAGAUUAACAGUGGUGCUUUUUUCCUCCCUUCUUCUUCUUCUUUUUUGGCUUUGUCAAUGAGAGGAUUUUGUGGGACAAGAUUAUUGCAAUAGAUACGGAGAUAUAGUUGUGGGCAGCCUUUUUUUUUUUUUUUUGGAAGAUCCUUAGGAGCUGGUGGCCAAAAUAGGACCUUUAUUAUUUUUUUUUCUCCUUCUAUAUCAUUAUAUUAGUUUUGGAAAACAGAGGUAUUCUUGUAGCCAAGGUCUGCUUGCGAUUGUUAUUGCAAAUGACUGGCUUGGCAAAUAGAUCAUCUUCCAUUGUUAGAGAACUGGAUAAUUCUAAUACCACUGGUUAUUAUGGAUUAGGAGGCAUCCCUAACCAGUAAUGGUGGAAAUCUAACAUUGCAUAUGUCCUGGCAGAAGUCUUAGUGGUGGUGAAGGUCCAGAUGACCUUCACUGCCUCUGAAAUGUUCUCAAAAAACUUCACAAGUAGCAAUAGAGGAGAAUAUCUGCAGCUCAGGGUUGAACUGAGGAAUCCUUGGUGUUCUCUGAGCUUGGUUGUUUUUUGUAGACAUUUCAUUACCCGACUAGGUUACGUCAUCAGUUGGAUAAUGAAACAUCUGCAAGUAGACAAUGAAGCUCAGAGAGCAGCAAGGGCUCCACAACUUCGUAAAUGGUAUCUUAUAUCUCUGCUUAGCCUACUCUAUACCACGAUGCUUUUAAUUUUGGGUUUCUGAGAGUAUAGAGUUAUUCUCCGCUGUUUUCCCAGCUCACAGCAGUUUCCUUCAUGCCACUUCUGUGAAAACUCACAAAACGAAAGUCAUCAACCGAGGAGACUUUUCCUUCAACAGCACCACGUUGUGUAUUUGUGUAAUGUGGAUAAGGGGCACUUGUAGCAAUGUUCUUGAGAACAAUUCUGCUGACGACCAGUUCUAGGAGCCUAGAUGAUUCACUCACUGCCUCGUUUAACCCUCUGUGAAAUCAGUUUUUUUAAAAAGUAAUAAAUAAAAGACUGCCAACAACUAAA